CGGCCGUUCGCCUCGGUGCCCCGCGUCCGGCAUGCAGUGCUUCCCCAGCCUGGUGCUGGCUCUCAGCUCGCUGCUGGGCGCCCUGGCGCUGCUGCAGCUCUCGCUUUACCUGCGGGUGCCGUCGCGCUACGGCAAGCACGACGAGCGGCUGUGCCGCCCGCGGGGCCGGCUGCCGGCUCGCUGCGCCUGGUUCGUGCAGGAGCUGCCCUCCUUCCUCGUGCCCGCGCUGCUGCUGGCGCUGCGCAGCCCGCCCCGCCUCGAGCCGCUGGGCUGCCGCCUGCUCUGCUGCCUCUUCUGCUGGCACUACUUCUACAGGACAUUUAUUUACCCCUUCUUCACUAGAGGCAGGCCUUUCCCGCUGCAGCUGCUUUUCUUUGGUACAUUAUUUUGUAUCUACAAUGGCUUCCUCCAAGGGUACUACCUGAUCUACUGUGCUGAAUACCCAAGUGACUGGUGCACCGACAUCCGAUUUACAUCAGGCCUCCUCUUAUUUCUGCUGGGAAUGGGAAUCAAUAUUCACAGCGAUCUCCUGCUGCGCCAGCUGAGGAAACCUGGGGAAGUCACUUACAAGAUUCCUCAAGGGGGGCUGUUCACUUAUGUUUCUGGAGCCAACUACUUUGGAGAAAUUGUGGAAUGGUUUGGUUUUGCCAUCGCUACCUGGUCCCUACCAGCCUUCACCUUUGCCUUUUUCACUCUUUGCUGCAUUGGGCCUCGUGCUUACCACCAUCACAGGUACUAUCUCAAGACAUUUACGGACUAUCCAAAAUCAAGGAAAGCCUUGAUUCCUUUUGUUUUUUAAUGAUUUGGAUAUGGACUCUGUAUCCUGUUUUUAUAGGGCUUUUUCCAAUUCCUAGUUUUAAAGUUAGGUUUGACUACAAAUCAUUGUACAAAUGAUAACCUGGGGUUGUAAUAGGCAAGAAGGUCAUGCGGAACCAAAGUUCUUGCUUUUAAUUACAGGGGAAAUUGCAGACAGUUUUGUGUAGAGGGACUUCCCAAGUAACAUACUUGCUUGUCUGUGGAGUUCUACCUGCGGAAAAUGAGUAUGACUCCACUGACAUCAUAGCAAAAGCACUGGCUAAAAUACAGUGCAGAAAAGGAGAAACUAAGCCCAUGACUUCAAGAGAAAGUCUUGGGCCGCUCCAGUCUUACAGCCCUUCUGCAGCUGUUUCCUCCUGCCCCAUGCCAUAGCACAUAUGCACUCGUGGCAGCCUCUUUUGUCAAGAAAGUAACUCUACCCUUUAUUUUGCACCUAGAAGCAAAGUUAGGUCACAGAGCUACAAUGCAACAAGAGGACACUUGUGGGCGUGAGGCUGGGAGCAAUGUGUUGUGUCACAGAGGUAGCAUGAAGUAUGUGGAGGUGCAAGCAUCUUCAGCUGUCAUUCACAAGCACGUCUGCGUUACUUCCUUGAGCAAUACCCUUCUCACUGCCAGACAGUUAAUAUUUACCCACCAGAAUUUAUUCUUUUUUAGAGGUACGUCAUUAAAAGCGUUGCAGCAGCGUUAGAACUUUUUCCCUUGUGGCAAACACAGAGGUCUUUUCAGAAUAGCAGUUUGUUCACUCAAACCCACGCAAUUUUUCUUCAUUAAAAACAAAAACAAAACAAACCUUGAAAUGGUGAUGUAUAACAACAAAAAUAAUGGAAAUAAAAAGCUUUGGGUUGAAGAAAACAUUCUCGGACACUGGCAGUACAUUUUGUCUAAGAGGAACGUUUUCAGGUACCCCUGUUAGGAAAUGAUACGUGGAUAUUACUGAAUUUCCACAAGGGAACAGUAUGUUUUUUCAUAAUUUUAUAAUAUAGUUAGGAAUUUUCCAGGAAGAAAAAAGAUGUCAUUAACCUUAAUAGGAACAGAUGUCUCAGAAAACUCUGUUAGUUUUAGCUACCCUUCACAGCACACCAUCCUGCAAAGAAUUACGCUGAAUGGCUGGAAGAAAAAAAAGACCAGGCCACAUACUAAACAUAUUACAUGCUGCUAGAGUAACCUGAUGGGCUGUAUGCAAUUCUCUCCGAAACACAAUAAAAUGUACAUAAAGCA